CGGAAUUCUCUCGGGAUGGACCCAAGCCGGAGCCAACAUCCGGUUCGGACCCCGGUGGCUUCUUCGACCAAAUCCGAUCUCGUGGCCACGGCCAGCACACACGGCCACCUCUUCCUCGUCCCCUUCCACAGCCACUCCUCCGUCCUCCCCGCAGAAUGCCCACCACCGCCGCCUAAACCCAGCCCCCAACCCACGCCGGCGUCCGCCAUGGCCGCCGCCGCCUCCAUCUCGCUAUCCCUCCUCCUCCGUCUGCGCCCGCCCCUCCCUCCUCCCCGCAGGGCCCCGCGCCAUGCCGCCUUCCUCCUCCCCACCCCUUGUCCCCUUCCCCAACGCCUCCGCGUCGCCCCGGGCCGGUCCCCGCCGCGCCCCGACGUGCGGGCGCGCGCCGGGAGCACCAUCGGGGCGCCGCCCGGGCUCGCGCGCCCCGGCGGCGCCGUGGAGACGGACCGCCUCCCCUCCGACGUGCGGGACCGCGCCAUGGAGGCGGUCGACCACUUCGGCGGCCGCGUCACCAUCGGCGACGUCGCAUCCCGCGCCGGGCUGCAGCUCGCGCAGGCCGAGCGCGCUCUCCAGGCUCUCGCCGCCGACACCGAAGGAUUCCUGGAGGUGUCGGAGGAUGGGGAGGUUCUGUACGUCUUCCCAAAAGAUUACAGGACAAAGCUUGCCGGCAAGUCAUUUAGGAUGAGGGUCGAGCCUCUGGUGGAUAAAGCUAAGGAAGUGGGUGCUUAUUUGGUACGGGUUUCAUUCGGGACAGCACUUAUUGCCUCCAUUGUCUUAGUGUACACUACCAUAAUUGCCAUUCUCUCAAGCUCAAGCAGUGAUGAAGAUAGUCGUGGUAGGCGGCGGAGAUCUUAUGGUUCAACUAUCAUCAUCCCGACAGAUAUGUUUUGGUACUUGGAUGCAGAUUAUUACAGAAGGCGUCGAGUAGAAAAAGAGGACGGGAUGAACUUUAUUGAAUCUGUAUUUUCAUUUGUGUUUGGGGAUGGUGAUCCAAACGAUGGGCUUGAAGAGAAGCGGUGGAAGAUGAUUGGGCAGUAUAUUUCAUCAAAUGGUGGAGUUGUUACAGCUGAAGAAUUGGCACCAUUUCUUGAUGUGCCGCCACCAUCAGAAGAGUCCAAGGAUGAUGAAUCAUUUAUUCUUCCAGUUCUUUUACGCUUCCAGGGACAUCCGGAGGUUGAUGAGCAGGGGAACAUUCUUUAUCGAUUCCCAUCACUGCAACGUACUGCUUCAUCAAAAAGUGGUGGGAGUAGGGAAUAUGUGGGUACCAAAUGGUCUGCUAUGUUUGGUGGAGUUGAAAAGUACUUAGAGGAGAAACUGUGGAAAUUCAGUAAAGCAAGUGCAUCAGAGAAGGCAAUGGUUGCUGGUUUGGGAGGACUCAAUCUUUUUGGUGUCAUCAUUCUUGGAAACUUGUUGAAGCAAAUGACAGUGACUCCUGGUGGACUUAUCUCAUUUGCUGCACAAUUAUAUCCUUUACUUCAGAUAUAUGCCGGCUCCUUUUUUGCAAUACCAUUAUUUAGAUGGCUUCUGCUACGCAAAACCAACAAUGAUAUUAGAAAGAGGAAUAAGGCCAGAGAACAGCGAGCUCAGGAACUUCUGUCACCAGAUUCGUCUCUCAGAAGAAAGUUACUCAGUGCACGCGACAUGGCACAACGGAAAGUAAUUACACCAGAGGAGAUUGUCUACACUACCCAAAAGGAUCUGUUAGAGCAGGAUUAUGAAGUCAAGGAGUGGGAGAGGAGAUUUAAGGAGCUUGAGUCAGAGUGAUGGGCACGAUGGAUACACUUGACACUCAUAGUAGGUCUACAUGGUCUUUUGGCCUGGCUGGAUGAUAACUUUUUAAUCUGCAUCCAAGUGAAUGGAAGAUCUGACUGAACCAUUCAACCAAGUGAAAUCUGAUGGUUCUGGACCCCACUGACAGGCAUACAGCGUACCACCAGUCCACCACUCUGCCAUGCAAGUUUUGUGGAAGUUGUGUUGGUUUAAUUGAAAGACCAUGAUUUGCAAGCUGAUGUACAUACAUGUGUCAUUGAUCUGCACAUUUGUAUAGGUAGUUCCAUUCACAGGGUUGGACAUCAAAUUCAGAAUUUGGCACGAAAACCAGGGCUAUGAUGUUACUCGGUUUGAAUGGAGCCCCAGCAGAACAUGUAAAAGGAACACGUCCGUAAAUAGGGCCAUCGGACUUGGGCAUUGAUGUAAAAAACUAUGUCUAGAGAUAGGCACAUACUGUUGUAGCCUUCUGGGAAUUGAUUCAUGAUUGAAGUGACAAUUUCUAGCA